GCGGCCGAGGAAGGGCCGAGCACGCGCCAGAGAGCUGGCGGACGGACGCUAUGGAACGGAGGUUAGCCGAGUUCCGGGAGGCCCGCAAACGGGCGGGACUGGUGAGCCAGUCCUCCACGGCCAGCCAGGGCGAGCAGACCAAAACAACGAAGGCUGAGCCAGCGGCGGCGACCCCAAAGACAGCCAUGGGCUGGCUGCGACGCUUCCUGAAGUGGAAAGCAAGCCCUGCCAUUAUGCGGGCCCGGCCCAACCAGGCUCAGGAAGAAGCUCAGCAGCCUCCACAGAGUGCAGCGGUCCAUCUGCCUUCAUCUCGACACCAGUCUCUCCUGACUAACAUCACCUUCUUGAAGGUUCUUCUCUGGUUGGUCCUGCUGGGUCUGUUUGUGGAACUGGAAUUUGGCCUGGCUUAUUUUGUCCUGUCUAUGUUUUACUGGAUGUAUGUAGGGACUCGGGGUCCCGAGGAGAAGAAAGAGGGGGAGAAGAGUGCCUACUCUGUGUUCAACCCCGGGUGUGAAGCCAUCCAGGGCACCCUGACUGCAGAGCAGCUGGAGCGCGAGUUACAGCUCAGGCCCCCGCAGGGGAGGUAGGACCUGCCUCAGCUGAUCCUUCUAGCCUUGAGCAUGGACUCUGGAGAACGAAGGUCAGCGUCCAGGGUGACCGCCGCAUUCUCCACUUUCCCCCUCAUCUGCUGCAGUUUCAUUUCUGGACUCCUCUUUGAUUUAGGUGAAAUUUUCUAAAAGAUAUUCACUGUGGAACUGGUGCAUUUUAUAAAAGCCAUAUGAGAAGGAA